AUGACGGACGCUACGGUGGCAUUUGUACUAGAGAACCUAAAGGAGUUGAUUGAUUCCACCAGUAAGCAGAUUUCUGAAGUGAAUAAUAAAGUGCGUUCUCUGAUUCGUGAUCUGGAUUUUUUCAAAGGCUUCCUCCAGGAUGCCACCAAAAAGCCGAUCGAGGAUGCUGCCAUGAAAGCAUUGGUGAAACAAAUAAGAAUCGCAGUAUACGAAGCAGAAGAUAUUGUGGAUGAAUAUGUUAUUGAGGCAGCUCAGCACAAAUCCAGUAGUAUGUUUAAAAAAAUAAAGCAUCCGUUGGAGCAUCCCACAAAGCUUUUAAAUCUGGCGCAAAAGAUUGAGCCCAUGAAGGAGAUGGUGAAUGAAAUAUAUAAGAAGAAGGAGUUUGGCGAUGUAGGCAGGCUAGAUAGGGAAGGAUCUAGCACCUCCAAAAUAGCCAAGGCUCCCAUCGUAGAGGAAGACCAUGUGGCAAGGGAUUUAAGCUUUCCAUUUAUCCUCCUGAUCACGAUAAAUGAUGACCUCCAUUUGUUCAAUCUCCGAAUUGCUACAUUCUCAGAUAAUUCAUCCUACAACAAUGCCAAGGAUGAUGAAGAUAGAUGCAUGGAGUGA